GAGCUAUAAUCGACGAUGAGAUCUUCUUGGAGAAGGAAGAAGGAUAUAGAGGACAAGCGUAGAGAAUGGUUCUUCAACAAUGGAAGCACUUUUCUUCAGGAGCUCAUCGCUGAUUCUAACGGUAUCUCAAACUCUAUCCGUUUCUUCUCUUCCGAUCAAAUCCUCAAGGCCACGGAGAGUUUCGAUCUCAAGUUUAACCUCUCUCGUCAUAGACUCUUCACCUGGUACAAGGGCGUCAUCGAAGGAAGACCUUACGCGAUUAAGAAAUUCACAGAGUCAGAGUUUACGAAAGAUGAAGUGAGAGAGGUUUACAACGACAUUGUCUUAUCUACUCGAGUAAGCAAUCAAAGUAGUUUUCUCAAACUUCUGGGUUGUUCUCUCGAAUUUCCUCUUCCGGUUAUAGUGUUUGAAUUCCCAGAGAAGGGAGUUUUGAAUGAGCGAGGAGGUUUUGGUUGCGAGGAUGGGCCAUUGUUGCCUUGGAAUGUUCGAUUGAAGAUUGCCAAUGAGGUUGCGAUUGCUGUGACUUAUCUUCACACAGCUUUCUCUAGGAUUAUUAUACAUAGAGAUAUCAAGCCGACGAAUGUUUUCUUGGAUAAGAAUUGGACGGCUAAGCUGACUGAUUUCACGUUUUCAGUAUCACUCCCUGAGGGUAAGUCUUGGAUUGAAGAUGAGGUGAUGGGAACUUUUGGAUACAUGGAUCCAGUUUACUACUUCACUGGUUUAGUGACAGAGUAUACAGAUGUGUUCAGCUUUGGAAUCUUUAUGUUGGUUCUUCUGUUAGGAAGACCAGCUGUUUUUGCUGGAACAAGUGGGGUUCAUUGUAAUAUUCUUGAUUAUGUGAAGGAUAUGCAGGAGAGAGGAGAAAGUGUUGAAUUUGGGGAUGAUUUGAACGAUAUGAGGCCUAUUCAGAUGAAAAUGUUUCUUGAGCUGGCACUGAGAUGCUGCGAGAAGAGGAAUGAAGACAGGCCAAAGAUGAUCUUGGUGGCAAAAGAGAUUAAGCUAAUAGAAGGAUUACUCGAUUUUUAAAGCCUGAGAUGCUGGAAAAUGGGUCUGAGAAUGGUCACCUGGAUUUCUUAUUUUUAAUAGUUAUACGAUUUUAGGGUGAAACUUCAUUUUGAUUUGGAAAGAGUUUAGAGAGUAAAGCAAUAUAUCUUUAGGUUUUGGAAUUAGGCAGAACAUGUAGGAUGAUUGUGGUUUUCGGAGAAGCUCGUUCUCGAACUAAGGAGUAUGGAGUAAUUCUUAGCGAACGAUUGGAUCCUAGUAGUUUCGAGAAUUUGCUUGAAAUGUGUCUUAUUGAAAUUGUUUAUCAGGAUUAGGCUACAAAGCUGAAGCCUUAUGAAAGUUCCGUGUUGAUCAUUCAGACUACAUGUGCAAAAGAGUGGGUUUCAAACUUGUUGACUGAAAAGUUGACUUUCUGAAACUUAAGUGGCUUCAGAUUCAACAUUAUUAUACUGUUUAGUCUCCACGAGGAGGCAACUUUGACUACCAUCAACAUUUUAAGACUCCAAAAGCAAUUCUUUAUUGAUCUGAAGAAAAUCAUGAAGUUCUGGAGAAACAAGGGGAAAGAGAGGAGGAAGCAGUGGUUCUUAGACAACGGAAGCACAUUUCUCAAAGAGCUCAUUGCUGGAUGCAACGGUAAAACAAAUCCUAUCCAAAGCUUUUCCUCUGACCAGAUCCUCAAGGCCACAAAUGGCUUUGAUCCAAGCCGCUAUGUCACGAGUGACCUUUACUACACCUGGUUCACAGGUAGCAUCGAAGAUAGAUCUUACAUGAUCAAGAUGUUUCCUGAGGAGAAAGUCAGAGGAGAUGGAGAUGGAAUUGGAGCUGUUUACAACGACAUUGUCAUAUCUGCUCGUGUUACCAAUCAUAGUAAUUUCCUCAAGCUCUUAGGAUGCUGUCUCGAGUUCCCCUUCCCGGUACUGGUGUUUGAACACGCAGAAAACGGAGCUCUAGGCCACCAAGGAGGUAUUGGUUCGAAGGAUUCAGAGUUCUUGCCUUGGGAUGUAAGACUGAAGGUGGCAAAGGAGAUCGCCAAUGCGGUUACUUAUCUUCACACCCCAGGAUCAUUGUACAUAGAAAUGUAACUCCCAUGAAUGUUUUCUUGGACGAAAAUUGGACAGCUAAGCUGUCAGAUUUCUCACUUGCUCUAACUCUUCCGGAGGGGAAAUCCCAAAUGGAAGAUCAAGUGAUGGGAUGGCCCGGAUACUUGGAUCCUUCGUAUCUUCAUACAAAUAUCGUCACGGAGUAUGUUGAUGUAUAUAGCUUUGGAAUCUUUAUGAUGGUUCUUCUGAUUGCAAGACAUAGUAUGGCUCCUCGAUCUGAUAUGCGCUUCAUUGAUAUCCGUACCUAUGUAAGAGGCUUACAAGAGAAAGGCGAGUUUAUCGAGACCAUAUUCAAGGUUGGAGUGAGAGAUAUUGUGGAGGCUAAAAGAUGUCAGGUGGACAAGUUUGUUGACCUAACGUUCAGAUGCUGCGAGAAGAGUGUGGAGAAGAGACCGAAGAUGAUCGAUGUUGCCAAGGAGCUUAAACGGAUAGAGAGAUCACUAGAUGAUACACCUGCUGGUCCGAGGUAAACAAGACUAUAUAGAUCCGUUUUGGUUCCUGAAAUAUGCAUAAACUCUUGGGAGAAAAACUUGAGGCAAAUUCCAAGAACGUGAAGAGGUUAUUGACGUAUUGUAAUCAGUAUCUAGUGAACAAAUUAUGACAAUGCUUGUUUUAUUAAUAAAUAAUCACAAUGUGAACGAUUGUUAGUCUUAAAUGAAAAGUUUGUUAAAAUGCA